AGAGCUUUCAUUUAUAGUUUCAUACAUUUGCUACUUGAAGCUCAAAUUCAGAUUUGCAUGGCAAUUCUGAAACAAUAAUGGUGAGCUUCACGCGGAUCUUCUCCAAAGAGAAUAGCCAUCUGGGCAAUGUCUUGGUCGACAUGAAACUUAUAGAUAUCAAGGACACUUUGCCUGUUGGUUUCAUUCCCAUCCAAGAGACCAUGGACACGCAAGAAACGGCUUUCAGGAAGAAGAAGCUCUGUGUUAAGUUCAUUCCACGGGAUUCUGCAGAGGCCGCCAUUUGCAAUAUCCGUAUCCUUGGCUGGGGCAAGCCGGCCCCUCCACAAUAUACGUUCAUUGGGGACCUGCACAACAUGGGCAUCUGGUACCGCAUGGACAAGGUCCCCUGGAAUCAGGAACCAUCUCAACCCACAACACCUUCUCUGCAAGCUCCAGCUACAAAGCCAGCUGCUGACCUUUCCACACAUAUAUUGCUGACACUUCCCGCUAGUUUCCGAGGGAAAGGGAUUGGCACUCGACCAGAUUUUGAGUACCAGCACUCUAAUUUAUAUGCCAUAUCAGGCAAUGAAGAAACUGAGAAUAAUUUGUUCCCUAGAAGGUGCUCCAAACCAUUCCUCUCAUGGCUCAACAUACUUGGAAAAUCUGCAUACUGAGCUGAAGGUUAUUGGUUUUGGCCUAGGUGAUUCCACAGGGAUGUUGGGUUGGCAGUUUAACUACCUAUACAGGAGAAUCCAGACUGAAGCAGGAAGUGAAAUCCAUAGUUAGUAGUCAAACAGUUCAUAUGAUUUAAAAUUAGGUUACAAAAACUAGGUGAGCUGUUGAAGUAUCAGUGAUGUUGCAGGACUUCGUGGAUUUCAACAUGGGCCACUCCAGCUUCAUCUCGUGCCGCCACCUGGAGCUCACCUUCCGCGCCCCACACUUCUACCUACGCUGUGUGGCAAGAACGAUAUCCUUUUCGGAGGCACCUUCCAGUGCAGGGGCAGCCCAGGCCUCCAGCUGCCCCCGCAUCCUUCUGUUUGCCAUUUCUGGGAUCCCCUGGGAAGCUUGUGAGACUUUGAGGGCAAUGUUUGUGUGUUGGACCCUGGGUGAGAGCCAGGGUGGAUGGGUGGAGUCCUGGGUGGUAGCCAGGAGGUUGAGAGAUGUUGAGUGGAGAAAUGCAAAGCAAUUGUUUUAAUAUAAAAAAAUCUUAGAUUGAGGUCUUUGGGGAGGCUACAACGCACAGGAACGCACGGGAAAUACGGGGGAGCCCCCCCUUCUUCCUGUGCUGCCUCCCUCAUAUUUGACCUGGACACCAGCUGUCGGUAUGACCCAGGGAUACAACUUGAUACUCCACCUACACCGAGCCGCUGCUACCUCUUGGCCGGAGCCACCUUUUGGCGGGCCUGGUGCUGCGGCCUGUCCUCGGGAGAUGCCACUUUGUUGUGAUGAUCUUUCAGCGGCUUCUGAGGGCCUGGAAGUGCUCCUGCAGCUGCUGCCGUCCUACCAUCUGGCCUCCGUCCACUUCGCCUUGAUAUCGGCUGCACUUACACCCUGGCUCCUUUGCCUUGGCUUCUUUGAGAAGAACUUCCCUGUUAGUUUUGACUUCGAGGGGCCUGUUUAUCCCGCCCUUUUCCCUGUUGGAGCUGCUGGACGUUAAGAUCAAGAGGAGAUGCCGCUUUUGAUCUUGCAAACGGACUAUCACCCACACUGGUUUCUAUGCCAGGGUGGGAAGACUUACACCAGGAGCUUCCAUCUGAAGUUACACCUUUCGGACUAUGCAGGCGAGAAGCCCUAUUAUUGAAACUCAGUUGCCUCUACCUUAUGGUUUAGUUUUUACUGUUUAGCCCUUUGAUGUUCUGAUGUUUUAUAUGUUUUUGCUUUGUACGUUGCUCAGAGUGGCUGGGUAACCAGCCAGAUGGGCGACUAAUAAAUCGAAUAAAUACAUAUUUAUUUGUUAAUUUGUAUUAUGU